UGCGAUUUUCACCGCCUCUUUUCUCGUGCACACGUAAAAAUGCCAGCUGUCUCGCACUGGCACAAAUGGGCCCUCGGACUCGGUGCGGUGAGCGGUGCGAUACUGUAUUACUAUAACGCGCACGGGUCCGGUAACGGCCCGGAACCGUUGCGCGUCGUCCACAACUCGUGGACGACAAAUUACGAGCCGUCAGUGAAGUGGGACCACAACUGGGAUAGGCGAGAUCCAAAGAGCCUGGUGAAACCAAUGAAGAUAAGCGACGAAAACGAUGAGAACAAGUACAACGAAAAGUUCGAGGCAAAGAAGGCAAAAGCUGUGCGACACGUGAUCAUGAUUCGCCAUGGGCAAUAUCACACGGAUGGAAAGACAGAUACCGAGAGAGUGCUGACCGAACUUGGCAGAAAGCAGGCUGAAGCAACAGGAAAGAGGCUAGCGGAAUUAAAUUUGCCUUACUCAACGAUAGUAAAAUCUACAAUGACGCGCGCUUUGGAAACUUCUCAAAUCAUAGAAAAGAGUCUUACAAAUGUACCAGUUGAGGACGAUGGCUUGUUAAUUGAAGGUGCGCCUAUACCUCCAGAGCCGCCUAUUGGUCAGUGGAAAUCUGAGAAACAUUUCUUCCAAGAUGGGCCCAGAAUAGAAGCAGCGUUUAGAAAAUAUUUUCAUCGUGCGGAUCCUAGUCAGAAACACGAUUCUUAUACCGUUCUCGUAUGCCACGCAAACGUUAUCAGAUAUUUCGUUUGUCGGGCGUUGCAAUUUCCACCGGAAGCAUGGUUACGAAUAUGCUUGAAACAUGGAAGCAUCACUUGGCUUUGCAUUCUUCCCAGUGGUAGAGUUACUCUCCAUUGUCUAGGAGACACAGGGCACAUGGUACCACAGAAUGUAACGUCUAGCUAAGAAUGUACGGCUUAUUUACGUAUACAUAAAUAAUGUAUCAUUGAGAAGCAUAUCGAGAAAACUGCGUUCCACGAGAUGUACAAGUUCAUAUAUAGUCUUUUUACGUAGAGAUAAUUUGCUUUUAAUGUGGCUUUUAAAUUGAAUAGAAUUGCGUGCAAUUAUACAGAGAUGUACAGGAGAAACUAAAAUUUCUAAAUAUAAUAUUUUUGAACAAUAAUUGUGCGAAGGAAAAUGGAUAUACAAAAACUAAACGACAUUUAAGAAAGUAUUAUCUCAUCCGAGUGUAUAUAUUUUUUCUUAGCUCAGCUGUGUAACAUCUACUUAAAUUAUAAAUAAAUCCGAAUACUCAUAGUUCGAGCAUUUGGAUCAUAUGUAUGUGCAUUUUUUUUAUAAAUAUAUGCAGAAUUUUUCUAAUAUCA